GUUUUGUGAUGUUUUUUCUGUAAAAUCAUUGAAUGAUUGAAUGAUUUGAUUAAACAUUACUUUUAACGCACUUUUAAUUUAUAUCUCUUUUCAUUAUUUAUUUAAAUUGUAAACAAAAUCAUUGAUUAAUAAAUCGUUUGAAUAAAUGCUAUAAUUUUAGCGGCAAUUCGUCGGCAAAAGUGAUGGAAAACAAUAUAUUUAUCAUAAUUUUCCUCAUUUUCAUCGGAUUUACGGCAAGAGAUCUACUCUUUGGAUAUGAGAGGAAUACGUCGGCCAAAGAGGUGGACACCGAAGGAGACAACACUCAUAACUACAAGAAGGAGAUCCCGUCGAUGACAUUCAAAGCGCAGCCAAACGGACCGACUCUGAAGAUACUCUACUGUUAUUCAUGCGGUUAUAAAAGGGCUUUCGAUGAGUACUCGACGCUAAUCACCGAUCGGUUCCCAGACCUCAAUAUAAUGGGAGACAAUUAUACGCCAGGUAUGGCUCGAAGCAAAUUAGUGCAACUCUUGUCGGUUCUGAAGCUCGUAUUAAUGGCUCUUCUGAUGGCAAACAUCAAUCCAUUCACUUUCCUCAACGUUAACACUCCCGGAGUCUGGCAUUGGAUGACUCAACACAAGAUGUACGCCUGUCUUAUGCUAUUCUUCUUGAGCAACACCCUUGAGAGCCAACUCAUGUCUUCGGGCGCUUUCGAGAUCUUCUACAACGAUGUUCCCGUUUGGUCUAAACUAACCACUGGUCGCAUACCAUCGCCGCCAGAGAUGUUUGAGAUAAUUGACAACCAAAACAAGUUAUACGCCAAUCAAUUGAAUCUAGAUUUGCAUUCAUUGCCAGAGAAACUCAUUUAGUGAUCAAAUUUAUCAACAUUUUUAAUAUUUGUUUCAAAUUUUGUUAAUUUUAUAAUAAUUGAUAUCAAAAGUGUCCCUAAAUUUCAUUGAUUUUGAUGUCCGA